AAUUUCAGGGCAAAUACGCAUGCGGUAGUUACAGCUGGUAAUGUAAUCUAUGCCAUUGGUGGAUUCAAUGGAAAUCAGUUUUUAAACUCCAUCGAACUGAUGGACAGUGAACUGGUUGGAUGGCGUAAUUGGCAACUGGUAUCGGAUCCUGUGCCGCUGGCAGAAGAAGAGGAAGAAGUCGAACCAAUCUCACCGGUCUCAUCAUCACCGGAUUCAAUGAAAGCACUAAAUGCGGUCAAAGUAACCUAA